AUGGAACAAGCGCAACCGCGGACACGUCGACGGCGUCCGGUAGAUAAGUAUGGUCCGAGAUUCUUCGACAAGACAGAGCACGUGCAAGACAGAGCGGCUGCCAUGAAGGCCACCUUGCACGGGGACGAACGCUCGCGAUCGCAACCCGCUGGAGGCUUUGAUAGUACCCCGUAUCCUUAUGCUCCGCCAGGGUAUACCGUCAAAUUUACUUUUCAUCGUGGCGUCAACCUUCCUUGCGCGGAUUUUGGUACCUUCUCUUCGGAUCCCUAUGUUCAUGCUCAAUUAAUCGUCGACCUUCCGCAACGUCACAAGCAAGAUCCCGUUAUCUCGUUCCGAACGCCUACAGUGCGAAAGAACCGAGAUCCGGUCUGGGAGAAGGAGUGGAUUGUGGCCAAUGUUCCGGCAUCGGGCUUCCAGUUGAAAUGUAAUGUUUACGACGAGGAUGCGACCGACCAUGAUGAUAAACUUGGAAACGCCUACGUUGAAGUAGACUCAAUCGAUGAAGAUUGGCCUACUAUCAAGGAACAAUCUUAUCGUGUCAAGAAGCGACUGGGGAGCAAACGAGUAUACUUGUUCGGCAACAUUGCCGCCUUGGCUUCACGACGCCUCGACGUGGCUUCACACUUGGUGAUCAGCAUCGAGUGCCUAGGCAAGACGCCCGGUGAUGAAGGAGCGCAUAUGUACACUGUUGGGCCGAAUUACUGGUUCAAGCAUUUCUCUCCCCUUAUUGGCAGGUUAGCAGGCACCAAGGACGAAGUUCAGAGCCAGAAUGGCCAAAAGACAAUCAGUCGAUACAACUUUCAAGCUAUUCAAAUACAAUUCAAAGGCCCUGUGCCCGCCGAGCUGUAUCAUCGAUAUGUCGAAUUCAAACCAUUUGUGGCCGGAAUGUUCACGUCCCACAGUCUUCGUGGCAGGAUUCUCAACCGAGCGCUCCAUCAUCAACAUGAGCGUAUCUACAACUUCGACAAGACAACUCUUACCGGUCAAUUCGCAUCGCCGUGUGUUGAACUUACUCAGAAGUUUCUGGAGUUUGUUCACUAUGCCCAGGGUGGGAGAAUCUUCACCUACGUUAUUACACUUGACGGACAAUUUCGCUUCACGGAGACGGGAAAGGAAUUCGGCAUCGAUCUCUUGAGCAAGCACACCAUGCAUAGCAAUGUAUCAAUCUAUAUCGCGUAUUCUGGGGAAUUCUUUCUUCGACGACGAAAGCAUCGCCAUCACCGACAGCCUGACACCCCGCAUCCUUCAGAAACCUGCAAUUAUUCCGCGGACGAGUCGCAAAAUCACUUGGAAAUAUCGGCCGAUCCAGCUGACUACGAGCUUUUCAUCGAUAACGAUAGCGGCACCUAUCGUCCCAAUGCCGGGUAUCUUCCUCUUCUCAAGCAGUUCAUUUCAUCCAACUUGGUAGGGGAUGCUGCGCAAAUGGAAACAUUGAAGAAUGAGCAGCGAGAAUUCAAAAAGCAUGAGGGAAAUCAAAUGAUUUUCCUUCAGCGAAACGAAGAGGACCUGAAUGAACGCAGCGACGUGCACGCUCCACGCAGAGCAAGGGGGGACCUGGCGCAUAAGGUCCACGAGAUGCGCGAUGUCAAAGGCCACUUAAUAAACUGGGCGCAAGGAGAUGACUAUGCCGGCUCCAGAUCCAAGGCGGGCAAUUCCGCACAAGAUCAGAGGGGUUUCGAAGGGGGUCCCGUGGAUUUAUGA